AUAGACUACACUAAGGAAAAGAGAGUAGAAAGAAUCCCUCCUAUCCAAGGAGAGACGCUAGAAACCUCUUUUAAAGGAAAGUGUAAAGCCUUUCGCAAAGCACUAUUUCCUCCACCCCUAAUUAUAGUACCACCAAGCUUCAAUAACUACCAAGAGA